GCGGCGCGAGCGAGCUAGCGCUGCGCGCGCUACUAGCUAGCUGAUCUGAAUUGAAGACAUCUGCGGGCUGAGUUUCUGUCCCGAUUCUGCGAAGUCGAAGAUCGUGUAGUUUUAUUUUUUGCAGAAUGGCAGGUCAGCAAAGAGUUCAAAAUUACCUGGACAGGCACAGGAUUAGCUCACUAUUUGAGGAUCUGAUGGCGAGGCUGAUAAAGAACACCCCUCAAGAGCCAGUCCCUUAUCUUAUCAAGAUUCUGCAAAAGUUUGACGAAAAAGCAAAGAAACCAUUCCAGGAAAAUCCCCUGGCCCCGAAGACAAAGCCCCUGACACCCGGACUGUCCAAGACUCCAAGGGUGCGACCCAAGGAUCCCCUGACGCAGAGCACUUCCUCGCUUCGGAAGAACCCACCCCUGUCAAGGAGCACUGGACAGCUGAGCAGAUCCACCUCCAACCUAGCCAAGGAGCCCUCAGGAGCCAAGGGAGGAAGCCCCUCUUCACCUGGAUACGCAUGGCAACCUGGAACUGCUCCCCGUGGAGCGGAUAGAGGCCAUCAAAGACCAUGGGUCUCGAAUACAAUGAAGGACAAGCCUGUUGCAGGUAAAUUUGGGGUGGAUAGAGGGUAUGAACGACCCUGGAUAGCAAACAUGAAGAAGAUCAAGUAUGAACAGGCCCAAUUGAAAGCCCGAAAGUUGCGUAAGAGUUCAAGUACAGGAGGAGAAGUGGAGGGUUCCAGCAAGUCGACCCCUUCCAGUGAGGCUGACAGUAUGGACGUUGAUCAGAUCUUUGAGAUGACUCAGGAAAAACCUCCUGUUAGACCUAAGACAUUGUUCAGCAACCCAGCUUCACAGGCAUGGGUAGAUCAGGACCCCAAGACAUAUCAGCCUCCUCCACCCAAGCCCUACCAACCUCCUGAUCAGGUGGAAGAGGCCUUCCUAGCGGAGGAACUGUCAGCUGAUAAACUCAUGAAACGAUACGAGAAGGAGUCCCCAAAGACGGACUCUGUGGAAUCGGAAAAGAAGAAAAUAGAGCAGAGAAGAGCUAAGCCUGAUCAGAAGGCCAAGAAACACAAGGAAGAACUGGCGGCAUUGGUAGAGGCACAGAGAAAGGUGGAGACCUUGGGGUAUCUCGAUAGCGGAGGAGAGGCGGACGAUCCAGACCAGGGAGGGUAUGAAGAGGCUACCGACGUCCUGGAAGAUGUAAGUGAUCUGAUGGAUGAAGGGAUGACAAAUGUCAAGAGCACAGGUCAAAAGGUUCGUCGUAGACCGCCCCCUGCUCCUCAAGUAAAAGUUGGAGUCUGCAGUCGAUGUGCAAAUGUUGUAGGAGGUGGGGACGGAGCCAGUACAGCCGCAGGUUUCACCCAAGGGUACGGUGCCUACGCAAGCAUUGACAGCUCUAGCGAGGUAUCAUUCAGCUCAAGCUCGGACUUUGAGAGCGCUUCACAAGUGACUGGGCCUAGACCAAUUGCAUGGGAAGGAACAACAGAUGAUGUCCAUUCCGUCAGACCUGGCACAACACGCAGUAUGACACACGACCAAGCGAGUGAGUUAUUCCAGAGUUCAUCCCAGUAUAAGAGCGGAGGUGCUGAAGGUAGUAGCUCAUAUCAUGUACAGACGAGCAGAGAGGUUAGAUCAUCUCAGAGAUGGGAAUCAUCUUCAUAUACGUCAGAGGUUGAGAGACGAGUAACAGGCACGGAAUCACUGCUGGACAGAGGGCGCUCUUGGGCUCAGCCAGGUUCUGAUGAUGAUUCGAGUGUCUAGCCGCAGAUGAGAAAUUGCCUUUUUGGAAUAUGACCAUUUUGAAAUAUAACAAUUUUCUAUCUGCUUUUGUAGAAGUAUUGUGGAUCAGUUGUCUGAUAUUGAAUGAUUUGAAUCACAAGAGCCGGGGUUCAAAUCCAACUGCUACACAUUCAUCGACAUUUGCCACUUUCCACCCAGGUGUAGAACAUGGGUUCCUGGUAUGAAGAGAUUUCUUAAAUUCUGGAGUACCUGUUCAGGGCCCCGUCUUACAAAGAGUUAUGAUUGAUCCAAUCAAUCGUAACCCUAUGGAAAUCCAUCAGUAUCAUGAUUUUUUCUAUAGGAAAUUUGCACAAUGUCCUUUUUAAACAAAGAGAAGCAUAGUGAAUUUUCAAGAAAAUAAUGAAUGCAUGAAUAUACAUCAUAGAUAGAAAAUAUUUUGAACAAACAUGAAUAAUACAUAUUGACGUUGCUGGCCAUCCAUAGUUGCGAUCGAUUGGAUCAAUCGUAACUCUUUGUAAGACGGGCCUCAGAUAGCCACGUUAAAGCAAGGUUAGUAACAGUUAGUGCUCAGAAACAUUUAUAGACUACUGUAUAAAAUUGCAUAUUUUUGUUAUUUAUUUUUGCUGAAACGAUUGUCCAGGUUGCCACUUUAUUAUCAUAUGCUGCAUUCCUUUUCAAGAAGGCCAACUGAAGCUUUCUCUCUUGUCAUUGGCAUGGAAUUAGAAAGCAAUGAUUUUAAGAAUGCACCAAAAUGUGUUUAUACCACUGCAAGUCUUGUCUUUCUCUAUAAGAACUGUUUUUACUUUGACUACAUGUACUUACACAAUAUAUGGUUAUCCCUUCACCUAUUUAAUAAUCUACUUAUGAAAUCUUUCACUAAAGUACAAACAAUUUCAAGUCUUGUCUUUCCUUAUUUGAAAUGUUUUUACUUAAAAGGUUGACUACAUGUACUUCAUCCACAAGAUAUAUGGUUGUCACUCCACCUGUUUAUAUACCUAGUGACCAUUCUACUUAUUGUAACUCAAAUUACCUUAUAAAAAUAUCAUGUAAGUUUUUAUCAUGUAUUUUUUACGCGCCGUGGUCUAGUGGUUCUGACUCUCACCUUUCAAACAGAGGGUCGUGGGUUUGAAUCCUAGCCAUGGUGUUUUCCUUCAGCAAGAAAUCUAUCCACAAUGUGUUGCACUCGACCCAGGUGAGGUGAAUGGGUACCCGGCAGGAGUAAUUCCUUGCAUGCACUGAGCGCCGGUGAUGGUAGCUCGAGCUAAAGCCGGGGUAGUAAUAGCAGCGCUUUGUAUCCUCAGGCAAAAAGCGCUUUUAUAAAUCCAGCUAUUAUUAUUAUUUUUAAAAGAUAAAUGCUUGUUGUAGUAACAAACUCAAAAUAAGUUCAACCAGAAUCCAAUAAAAUGACCACCCAAAUGUUUGUACAAAUAAAUGAUAUGGAAGGGGUUGUUGUCUUCAAAAUAUUGUAAUUUUGCAAUUAAUAGUGUCAUGUGCUGUAGAAUAGUCUUGAUAUGUAAGCCUCUUGAUAAAAGGAUGAAAUGAACGUUUUGAAGUUUGGUUUGAGUCAGGCUGGCCAUUUGAUCAUUAUUGGAAUUGAGAAUAUUUGGAGGUAAUCUGUGUACCUUUUGAUCCUUUGCAUAAUAUUUGUUGUAAAGUUGAGUUGAAAAACGUCUUUGUCAGUCUAUUGGAUGGUUUGAAUUAUAAGACUACACGAUACUGUUGCAUUCUGGGUAUUGAGCCAGGGACUCUUUAAGCAUUGUAAGACUUGAGAUGAUGCUAUUUAAUUGAACAAUGGCAAAUUGGCUUUAAAUCAUUUUAAAGAGAAGAAUGGUUUACCUUGUUAGCCUAUGGAUAAGUAUUGAAUCUGAAAUAUGAUACCGUUUUUAUGUUUAUCAAUGAAAUGUGAUCAUUUUGUUGUUCAUUCCUAGUCGCAUACAUUUCUUUGCAUGACUCUGUGUGUAGAUGCAUGUACAGGCAAGUGUGUUAUUUUGCAUGUCUUUUAUGUAUUUAGUUUUAUUUUUAGAAACAUUUCAGUUUCAUAUUAAUACAGCUAAAUCAAAAUCUAGUACUUAAUAAUUUAGCAUUUGUUAGAGGGGAAAUACCUGAAAAAAGAGAGAAAAUGUAUUUAUAGAGAGAAUAUAUAAAUGAAAGUAGUUUGAAUUGUGUAUAAAGUGAAGCAGUGCUAUUUUUAUGUAAGAAAUGAUUCAAAUACAAACAUGUAAAAGAGGGUGGGGGGCCGGGGGGGGUCGAGGAUCCCGAGAUACAUGCUUUUAAAUGCAAUUAUAAAAAAGUGAAACACGCUUGAGAAGGUUGUUUCCAACUUUUUUUCAUUUUAUUAUUCGUAUAAAGAUAAAUGCAAUUAUAGAAGAUCAGUAAAACACAUUUGAAAAGGUUGGCUUCACUUUUUUUUCAUUUCAUUAUUCACAUAAAAGUGAACUAACUUUUUUUUUCUCAAAAAUUCUAAAUAAUCUGUCAUUCAUUGGGUCCAAUUAGAACAUUAAUAAAUGUUGAAAUAGUGGUGACGUUUGUAACAUGCUAAACAUGUAGCAUGAUUCUUGUGGUUUUAACAGCAACAAUUACUACACUUUUCUAGUAAAUAUUGGUCUGUCUAUCAAUAUAGGAGUUCCGUACUUUGAGAAUUUUUUUUCCUAAUGGAGGACUCACCCAGCUUGCUCAAUAUGCUUGUGACAUAUCUUCCAAAAUAAAAGAAAUGAUAAUUGUAUCAUGCUCAAUUGAACUCCAAAAUUCUUAUCUUUUUUUUCUCCUUUCUUCGCCCAUAAUUAGAAAAAAAAUCACCUUAUUCUCUGAAGGUCUUAAUCAAUUUCUUCUACAUUGAAUCAAUUGACAAGCUACAUGUAUAUGAUUUUUAAAGUUUAGGCUCUGCUUUUCAAACUUUGAUUACGGAAUUCCAAAAUUCAUUUUGGCUGAGUUAUGGUGGGUUUUGGGACUGAUGGUCACAUUAUUGUCAUGUAAAUGAUAUAUAUGUAAUAUUGUGACACUUUAAGCUUGUUAAGACAAUCAUGCAUUUUUGAUUACCAUUCAAUGAGAUUCUUUUAUAUUAUCUUGUAAUUUAAGUCAGAUUAUGUAAUCGGACUUAGCCAUGUACGAUUGCCUGUCUCAAUUUAUAUACUAAUAAAUUCUAAUUGAUCUUUUUAUCAGCCAAUG